AUGGAGAAAUACCGACGUGUCGAGAAGCCUCAACGUCAUGAGCAGAUGACGCAAGUUGAGCCGAAUGAAAUUCGUAUCACGCAGCAGGGCAAAGUCCGUAGUUAUAUUUCCUAUAGUCACGGUCUUUUUGUGGAAAAGAAUGAACGUCGUGUUGUGUUAAAGGCCAUGGGAAAUGCUAUUAGUAAAGCUGUGACAGUAGCGGAGAUUUUAAAGCAUCGAGUGGCUAAGUUACAUAUGGUGACGCAUAUUUCGUCUAUUGAGACAGUUGACGUGUAUGAUCCAUUGGAGGAAGGAUUAGAUCGUAUUGAGACGAAGCGUAAGAUCCCGAGUAUUUCGAUUCAAUUGUCGCUGGAUGAACUGGAUCGAGACGAUCCAGGGUACCAGAGUCCUAUUCCUGCUGAACAAGUGACGGAAGGUUUAUUGUAUCAUGACUCGCGGGAGUUUAGGAAAGCGCAUGGACAUAGCAGACGAUCAGGUCGUAACAAUGGUGGACGUGGUGGUGAAGUUAAAGUUGCAGCUGCAGCAGAAGCUGAGGAAGAGGCGGUAGAGGAGACGGAAGAAGAAGAGAAUCAGAAGACACUUGGUGAGGAUAGUGUCUUGAAUAGUACGCCGACUACUCGUGGCAAGCGCGGGAAGGGACGUGGUCGUGGACGAAGUGGCAAUAAUGGAGGGCGAGGUAAAAAGUCUGGCGGAAAAACACUAGAUGAGGAAGGAGAUGAGAACGCAGCAGCUACUAGUGCAGUGGAACAGCAAGUAGAGAGCGAGACACCUCCCGUUUCGACAACCCGAAAGUCUGGACGUGGAAGAAAAAAAGAGAGAACGCCAAACAAUGGUGAAAAAGUCAAACAGGCUGAAGAAGGUAAAGAUGACGAUGAAGCUUGUGAAAAUGGACAGGUGAAUGGCCGAGGUGCUAAAGGACGUCGUUUCGGUCGCGGACGUGGCCGUGGUCGAGGACGCGGCCGUAGCGGCGACAGCAGUCGACGUAAUGGAGAUGGCGGAUCUCUACCAAUUUCUUCGGAUGGUGCUGCCGUUGAUGGGCAGUGA